AUGUUGUUCAGUCUGUCCUUCAUUACGCUUGGGUUUUCAAUCAAUGCCUGCUUCUCCAAGUUGACCCCCCCACCCGCUCAUCCUGCCACCUCAAACAUUCGAUCGCUCUUUUCGGUGCCCUCAGGAACGCAACUGACCUACCCGCCAACUGACAAAGCUGGGCCAACACCUAGGAAAGAAUGGAUUGCAGCUUACCAAAGGGUAAAGAAAGCGGGCCUUAUUCCAUCUGUUCCGCAGACCACAGAGGUCGAUGGGGCUGCCGUUUAUCCCGCCUCCUACCACGGUACCAUCUGCAAUCCAGGAUACAACAUGUGUAACGCUUCGGUUGAUGUUAUUAGCGCCCCGCCUGGGGUUGCUGGAAUUAGCUUUGACGACGGCCCACAGCCUCCUUCUUUGCCCCUGCUCGAUUACCUCAAGUCGCAGUCGCAGAAGGCGACACACUUCCUGAUUGGGUCACGGAUUAUCAAUAACCGAGACACUUUCAACGCUCUUGACCAAGCUGACCAGCAUCUUGCUGUUCAUACCUACUCUCACGCUAUGAUGACUACACUCACCGACAUGCAAAUUCUUGGCGAGCUCGGAUGGACCAUGCAAUUGAUUCACGAUUACAGUCGCCACAAUGUGAUCUGCGCUCACUGGCGCCCUCCGUAUGGUGACACUGACCAGCGCGUCCAAGCGAUAGCCAAACACGUAUUUGGCUUGAAGACUAUUCUUUGGCUAUAUGACCCCAGAGAUUGGUGUUUGGCGGAGUCUACACCAAAUGCAUCUGCUUGCUCGCCUGGGAACGGCCCACAGACCUUUUCCGACCUCAAGAAUGCAUUGAAUGUGUUUGUAAAUUCGGCCAAGCAAAAGGGUCUCAUCAUAUUGCAGCACGAACAAUCCACGCGCGCGGUAGCGGGAUUCAAGUACAUUUUCCCCUUGAUGAAGAAGCUGAAAUGGUCCACACUAUCCAUCCCUGACGCACUGCGCCUCCCAUGGUACCAAUGA